ACACUGUUUCACGCGUGAUACUAUCUAGGUAUAAGAAUCUCUCUUAUUCAUACCAUAUUUGGUAUACAUGACGUUCAUAACACAUUCAGUACAUUCUCUAUCAGCAUUUAGAUCUUACGUUUAUUAUAAUACCAAACAUCACAGUGUCGAAGAAAACAUAGGAAAGACGAAACAUCCAAUGACAGUGACAAUUUAAUUUAUUUCAAAUAUAAAGAGUUUAUCGAAGAGUAGUGUUUCACAGUUUUAACCAUAAUCAAUUGUUACCAAAAUCAUAAUCAUCACAUGUGUGAAAAGACUGUUAAUACAAAGACUAAUAACACCAUCAAACAUUUGCUCAACCCAUUGAAGUAUGCUACAAGUAACAAAUUGCAAAAAGAAAAAGUAUCUGCUUUAGUGCAUGAAUUUGGUGAAGAACUUAGAAAUAUAUCUGGAAAAUGUAUGGACAUUGGUUGUGGGCCUGGAGAUAUAACAAAAGACAUUAUUUUGCCGGCUCUUGAUCCAAAAGCAACAAUAAUUGGUACAGAUAUUUCAAAAUAUAUGAUUUAUUAUGCAAAAAAAAUGUAUGAUGCCAAGGAACGAAUCAAAUAUGAAGUAUUAGAUAUACAAACUAAAAAUUUACCUACAAAAUACGUUUCCGAAUUUGAUUUCAUAUUUUCAUUUCACGCUUUGCACUGGUGUAAUGAUAUUGAACAAGCUUUUGAAAAUAUUUAUCGCAUGCUUCGACCUGAUGGAACUAUGCUUGUACUUUUUGUAUCAUCUCAUAAUAUAUUUAAAGUUUUGGAAAACGUAAUGCAAGACAUUCGCUUUGCACCAUACAUAACGGAUAUAAACAAGUAUAUUUGGCCAUUUCAAAAUUCAAUCCAUCCUCACAAAGAACUACGAAAAUUGCUUCAAAAACUCGGAUUCACAAUUAAACAUUGCAGUCUUCGAGAGACAUACUAUUUCGAUGAACUUAAAGAUCGAUUUUUCUCUUCUAUUGUGUCCUUUCUUGAUUUUAUUAAUGACAUGCCAUGUAACCGGCAAGAAGAAUUCAAAAAAGAAUUUAAAAAUAAGUUCUCGAAAGCACGAAUUAUUUUUCAACGAAAUGAUAAGGAAGUUGUACUAGACGUGUACGAAUCACUUAUAGCUUUUGCAGAAAAACAUGAAUUAUUUAUCCUUACCAUAUUUUCAGCAUUUUUAAAAACUAUCUUAAUAUUAUUUUUAAUGGAGAAGACUAUUAAUAUCGGUACCAUCAAAUAUUCAUCCAAUCCGUUACUAUAUACUACAAGUAACAAAUUGCAAAGAGAAAAAGUAUCUGUUUUAAUAGAAGAAUUUGGUGAAGAACUAAGAAAUAUAUCUGGAAAAUGUAUGGACAUAGGUUGUGGGCCUGGAGAUAUAACAAAAGAUAUUAUUUUGCCGGCUCUUGAUCCUAAAGCAAUGAUAAUUGGAACAGAUAUUUCAAAACAUAUGAUUUAUUACGCGGAGAAAAUGUACGGUGCGAAAGGACGACUCAAAUUUGAAGUAUUAGAUAUACAAACUAAAAAUUUACCUACAAAAUAUGUAUCCGAAUUUGACUUUAUAUUUUCAUCUCACACAUUGCAUUGGUGCAAUGACAUUGAACAAGCUUUUAAGAAUAUUUAUCGUAUGCUUCGACCCAAUGGAACUAUGCUUAUACUAUUUGUAUCAUCUCAUAAAAUAUUUGAUGUUUUAAAAAACGUAACACAAGACAUCCGUUUCGCAUCACACGUGAUAGAUAUGAACAUUUCACCAUUUCAAAAUUCAAUCCAUCCUCGCAAGGAACUACAAAAAUUGCUUCAAAAAAUCGGAUUCACGAUUAAACAUUGCAGUUUUCGAGAUUCAUAUGAUUUGGAGAAAAAUACAGACCAAUUUUUCAAUUCUAUUGUGUCCUUCCUCGAUUUUAUUGAUGACAUACCGUGCGACCAAAAAGAAGAAUUCAAAAAAGAAUUUAAAGACAGAUACUUGGAAACACAAUUUAUUUGUCAACAAGAAAAUAAUAAAAAAAAAGUUAUAUUAAAUGCGUACAAUGUACUAGUAACUUUUGCACAAAAACGUAUACUAUAACUUUAUACAUUAUGUAUAUAGUUAUAUACAUUCAUUUAGUUUUAAAUGAAUAUUUAAUUUAUACAUUGUCAUAUGUUUGCCCAAAUAAUUAAU